UGACAUGUGAUCUGUGAUGUUUCCUUUUGCGUACCUGACUGUUCCUAAGAUUCACAGCUCAUGCAGAUGCCACCAUGAGUAGUAAUGGAUUUUGGCAUAGAAUUAAGCAUAAAUUUAAAGGAGUUGGCAAAAGGGGACGAUUUGAUGUGCCUCAGGUUGGAACCAGUGGGCAGGCCAGUUUGGUUGCGUUUCGCAGGUUUGGAGAGGAUGACCUGCCGUCGUUUGACCCAGCUUUGCGUCCACACAACCAGGUCAGCAAUCCAUCACAUCAAGUAACCGUUAAUAACAACAAACCGGCAGUACCACAAAGUAAACAAGAUGAAAGAACAACCUUGCAGAAGUCUGAACCAGUGAUUUCUUCAAAGCAGCCAACUUCAAAUGGCAUUAGCAUUGCUGUGCCUCAUAGUGACGGCACUGUCCCCAAACCACUCCCAUCACCUCCCACUGUGCCCUCCCCCAUACCUCCUAGCAGGUGCUCCUUCAGUGAUGAAGACCCAGACUAUGCUACUUUAGAAGAAAUCAAAAGAGAGCAAGCUUCUAUAAAAGGCACAUUGACAGACACCGCUUUCUCUGGUGAGAAAUCAAGUAGCGAUAGUGGCUAUGAGACUGCUGAUAUUCUGCUGAGAGUCCCCAAUACUCAUUCAGUUCCCUCUAGUCCUGUGUUACUUAAUGAUGAGGAAUCUAGAAAGCAUUUAUUGGAAAGUCCUGGAAUGAGGAACAGUGUGAGCGAUUUCCCAACGUAUGACAACUGGCAGUUAAAACAGAGAGAAAGUGCUUGGAGAGAAAGUGCAAAAUUCAGAAGUAGCCUGAGUGAGUUCCCAACCUAUGACAAUUUUCAAUUCAAGCAGGAUAAAGUGAAUCAACAAACAGAUGUAGUUGACUCGCAAACUGAGACCUCUCCAACCAAAUCGGUUGAAUCUGUGGAGGACUUGUAUGCUACUCCACCACAGAAACGGAAGAGCACUUGUGGAAGUGGAGAAAUUCAGGAGAAAAACAAUUUUGACGAUUCUGCAAGAGAAGAUGCUCCGCCUAUACCUGACAGAAGGUAUGAACGGUCUCAGUCUUUAAUGGAGGUUAUAAAGCAACAAGAAAAUACUAGUGGGGAAACAGAGAAAGGCAAUAUAACCACCUUGCAACAAAUACCUGAACCAUCUUUUCCUGCUGAAACUCUAAGUAACACUGUCAAAAAUGACACAGGUGUCAAACAAGCAGAAAAUUCAGCUACUGACAGCAGCAACGAAGACGCUCAACAAGAUAGUCCAUAUGAAAGUGUAACUUUCCAAGAAACUAAUACAAACAUGAACAAUAACUCGACUAAUGCAGUUGAAUGUCAGCACUCACAUGAGGAACCUAUACACAUGAGUUUGGAAGAAGUGAGACGGAGCCAAUCUAAACUACAGCAUGACUGUAGCAUAUGUCAGCAGGCCAAGCAGUCCACUUGCUCCAGCUUUCAUGUUAGCACGGAGCAUUCUCCCCACCCUCCAGAGACCCCAAGAGUUACUAGACGGAAUGUCAAAAACAACUGCAUUGAUGCACUGGAAUGUCUGAAGGAUGUUGGUUGGUACUGGGGUCCACUCAGCUCACAGGAGGCAGAAGCUAAGCUUGACGAUAAGCCAGACGGAGCUUUUUUGGUCAGAGACAGUGCAGAUGAACACUACAUUCUAAGCCUCAGCUUUAGGUCUAAUGGCCAAACUCACCAUACCAGGAUUGAGCAUCACAAAGGUCACUUCAGCUUUUACACACAGCCAGAGUCCCAUGGCCAUGACUCCAUUGUAGAAUUCAUACAGAAAGCAAUGGAACAUUCAAGGACACACCAGUUUUUAUACUUCAUGCGACCUCAUGCUCCAGGCCUUCCACCUUUUCCUGUCUCUCUACUGUUCCCAUUCUCGCGAUACCAAAAAAUGCGCUCACUUCAGCAUAUGUGCCGCUUCAUUAUCCUGAAAUGUGUACGAAGAGAUCACAUUGAUGUACUGCCUUUGCCUUCAAAGACUAGGGAAUAUUUGGCAGAGGCCCAGUAUUAUAUUGAGGAUUCUGAGGAAUAGGCUCAGGAAUAUGUGGCAGAAGCACAUAGUGUUAUGUUCAUGAUUUAGAGGAAUAAAAUAAAUACUUGGCAGAAACCAUAUAUAAUAAUUUGAGGACUCAGAUAAAUGAACUUUGAAAUGAGUACAUGCCAAGGACCUGUUACAAGAAAAGACUCAAGAUUUUGGGCUGAACUAUAAUUGCUAAACUUAGAUAGUCCACUAUGUAAAUUUAACCGUGCAAUCUAGAUCAGUGUCUUUCAUGAACAUAAAGACUCCUGAACAUUAGCUGUGUGUGUUUGUGUGUGUGAGAGAGAGAGAGAGAGAGAGAGAAGGCUUAUGUGUGUGUGAGAUGGGGGGUAUUUUGCAGGAAUGAUUGAACUAGUAAUAAGAUAAAUCAGCUGUAUCUGCUAAAACUUAAUAAUAUUUAGAACUUGCUCAGAAUUGUGCUGCUGUAGACACACAAGCAUAAAAUACAAUAUUAGUCAAAAUAAUUUUAAGAGGGCACUAUUGUAUUCAAAGGUGCAUAUAGACUUUUUUUAAUGACUGAAUAAUACCUAAUAGAUAAGGUAACCUUUUUUAAUAUGAAACAGGUAAGUUUGUAUAAUCACUGAUGUUAAUUGACUGUUUUAUGUUGUGCUUUCAACUUAAACUUUGUUGUAUGUAUGUUUGAAAUUAAGAGAUAUUGGUGUAUGCAGACUUAUAUUGAAAGAAAAAAUAACCUUUUUUAUGAUAUUGGUUGAGUUAAGAUUUUUCAUGGCACUAUGUAUCUACAGAUACAGUAGUAUCAGACAGGUGGUCUGUUAUGAAAAAAUUAUUAUUAUUAUUAUUUUUUUUUUUUUUUUUUUUUUUUUUUUUUUUUUUGUGCUGCUAAAAGGCAUUUCCUGACAGUUGUAUGAAACUGUUAGAGCAUUUGUCCAACAUGAAUAUGUGUGCAUCAAAGAUGUCUUUUCAUUAUAUGCUGAGUUCUGAGAUAUUUUACAUAUUGAGGUUUAAAGGCAGUGAUCCUCACUUAUUUUAAGAAAGUGUUAUGAUAUACCUGUACUUAAUGUGGUAACAAUUCAUAUUCAGUGUUUUUGUUAUGUAUGUGUAGUUGACUAUCCAUGUAAAGUAAAUAUAUGCAGCAGGAAUCGCUUAUUGUGAGUAAAAGGUGGUUCAAAGGAAUUGAUUUGUUGCAACACCAUCAAACCACACCAAAGGUAAAUAUGUUGUAAUAUGUUUAUAAGGCAUGUAAUUGACCAUUUGUACCUGUACACAAAGUCUUCCUGGCAGUUAUCUAUAAUACAUGAAUGUUAUUUGUAAUGCCAUAUAAGAACCAAGUUGAAUUGGAUUUGGUACACAUCAUCAUAAGGGUUGGCAUUAGAUCGCCUCCAAAGAGGCUGUAGAAUGUGUGUAAUGUACCAUUUAUCAAUUAUACUGGCAAUCCAAGUUUAAAGAAUAUUAUUUCUCACUGCAAUCUGUUAUCGACUCUGUGCAAUUGAGGUAAGUCAUUAAGGCAUAUAUGUCCACACACACUUAAUCUUGUGGAAUUUCUGUAUUUUUCAUAACUGACCCAGAACUGUAUUUUUUCUGCUGCCCAAUAAAGAAAUGCUCGGACAAUUUAACAAGGAAUUCCUUUAUUAACCAUUAAGAAGAACCCAUUUUCAGUAUAAGACAAUACAAUUAUGCAUACCACCUGCAUUACCAGUAACAAGGAGAUUCAAUUUCCAUCCAGGUGAAGCCCCUUAUGCUGCAAAUGCUCAGAUGUUGUUUCCACAGUUUUUUCCCCCCAAUUUCCA